AUGUUUAUGAGCUCACAAAUUGAAAUGUCCGAGCCUACGAUUCGGACUAGUUGUCUAAUGACGGUCCAGCAUAAAGUACCCUUGAGCUACACUUUAAGAUGUUUCUGGUUUAUUGUUUUACGUAACAUUGAGGUGUUCCUCCAUCACGAUUCGUUGUUGUUGAACGUAGGCGAACAGCUGGAUAUGGUGCGGGAGCUGCUCACUCAAAUCCCCAGGAGACACUCCGGACUUGGGUCACCUGGUUCGGGCCUCGGUGCUGCAUUACAGGCUGCUUAUAAACUUUUGGUGAGAUGA